AUGAAGUCGCCAUUCUCGUAUCAUAACAAGUGGCUAUCGGCUACGGUCAAGAACAGUACGGAAAUUCUCGCAAAAGCAGCUGAGCUCCAUGCACAAUGUGUCGCCAAACUCGGUGCGACGAUUCCUGCCGAUGGUUUUAGCACCAUGUGCUUUGCACAGGCUCUUCCUACACUCUACGCCAAACGGAGCCAGGAAAGAGGUGGUAACGUUCUCGGUGUAGACCGGCUGAGUGGAAAUUGCAUCACCUUCCUUGCCGCUGCGCAUAUCAAAGAUGAGGGGGACGUGGAAGACGGAUUUCGCAUCUUGCAAGAGUGGUACGAUGGUCUAAUUCAAUUUACCAAGGACAGGGAGCUUUUGGAGGGGUGGAUAUACCUCAACUACGCGGACAAGUCCCAGAACCCGCUGCGAGCCUAUGGCGAGGAAAAUGUCAGCAAGAUCCAAGCUGUGGCUCUAAAGUACGAUCCAGACCGUGUCUUCCAGGACAAGUGCCCUGGUGGAUUCAAGAUCACACAGAUAUAG